AUGGAGGUGACGAUGACGGCGGCGGCGGCGACGGCGGCGGCGCCGGCGGCGAUGGCGACGGCGGCGGCGGCGAUGGUGGCGGCGGCGACGGCGGUGGUGGAGACGGAGGCGGCGUCGGAGGCGGCGGGCUCGGUGGUGGGGGUGAGGGCGGUGGGGGGCUUGCGGGAGGCGGCGACGGCGGCGGGGAGGGCGACGGCCGCAGCGGAGGCGGCGGCGAGGGCGGGGGUGGGCUGGGCGGUGGCGGUGACGGCGGUGGCGAUGGCGGUGGCGGCGAGGGUGGUGGCGACGGAGGUGGGGGUGAGGGCGGCGGCGGUGAGGGCGGCGGCGGCGAGGGUGGCGGCGGCGAAGGAGGCGGGCUCGGCGGCGGCGGUGAGGGAGGCGGUGGCGACGGAGGUGGCGGUGAGGGCGGGGGCGGCGACGGCGGUGGCGAGGGCGGCGGUGGCGAGGGAGGCGGCGGGGAUGGUGGGGGAGGCGAGGGCGGUGGUGGAGACGGAGGCGGGCUCGGAGGCGGCGGGCUCGGUGGUGGGGGUGAGGGCGGUGGUGGGCUUGGGGGAGGCGGCGACGGCGGCGGCGAGGGCGGCGGCGGCGACGGUGGCGGGGGGCUGGGAGGCGGUGGCGAUGGCGGCGGCGGGCUCGGGGGGGGUGGGCUCGGGGGCGGUGGACUCGGAGGCGGUGGCGAGGGCGGUGGAGGCGAGGGAGGUGGCGGGCUGGGCGGGGGUGGGCUCGGAGGUGGCGGCGACGGGGGCGGCGGCGAUGGCGGCGGCGGGCUGGGCGGCGGAGGCGACGGGGGUGGCGGGCUUGGGGGCGGCGGCGAGGGCGGCGGCGAGGGCGGUGGCGGCGAGGGCGGCGGCGUUGACGGCGGCGGCGGCGAGGGCGGCGGCGUGGAUGGAGGUGAUGGCGGCGGCGGCGAGGGCGGCGGCGGCGAGGGCGGCGGUGACGGCGGCGGUGGCCAUGGCGGCGGCAAGGGCGGCGGGCUCGGUGGCGGCGGGCUUGGUGGCGGCGGCGAGGGUGGAGGUGGCGUGGGUGGCGGCGGCGAUGGCGGAGGUG